CUUAUUUUUGGGUAUUCUCAUCAACCUUUGGUUACCAGGCGCACUAGCACAACACGCUGGUCGUGGAAUAUGUUUGUUCCCUAUCUUAGUUAUCUUACCACAGACAACCUCGCAGCUCGCAAACCGACAAUCGAUUGUUUGUGUCGCAAUGAAUCACGUAGAGGGUGACAAUGAACUUCCCGGAUACACGCCACGAGCUGGCAGCAGCGUGGCUCCACCGAAUGCCUUAACCCCCGGCUCUGAGCGCACUGUAUCACUUGAAGACAGCAAGGGACACAAAUGGUUUCUCCUUUCAGUGCCAAAAGGUCGGGCUCCUACGUCGGAGUUUUGGCCAGCAAUCUAUGCUGGUGAUCUCAUUUCAGGCAGCGUGACUCUGGACAUUUUGAAGUCGGAGUCACCCAAGGCUAUCCUAGUAACAGUGACAGCCAUGACUACCCUCAUUGGACAGGAAGGACAAGAUUUUCUUGUCAUUGAGAAAGUGUUGUGGACUCCAGCGAUGGCCCUUCCCGAUGGAUCCAUAGUUACCAAACUCGACAAAGGCCAUUAUACAUGGCCUUUCGAGAUAGCACUUCCAAACGAGACGGAAGUUCUAGACCGUAAAGAGAAGAAGAUAUUUCCCCUUCCGCCUUCAUUCACAGAGCGAGCCAGUCCAGCUUACAUCAACUACAAGAUUGCUGCCAUCAUUAAGCGGGGCGCACUUAGAGUCAAUUCAACUUUAACCACGGAUUUUGGAUAUCUCCCAAUUACGAAACCGGAACUGCCAUCUCUUAUGUUACAGAAGGCAUGUAAAGAAAACAUUCCAUACGUUGGUCCUGAAGGUGAUCCGGAGGGCUGGCACAUCCUUCCACCAGUCACUGUCACAGGCACUCUCUUUGGUGCCAAGAGAGGGGAUGUCGAUUUCAAUCUAGCACUAGCCAAACCACUCAAUUAUGCUCGCGGUUCUGCGAUACCACUAUGGCUAACUUUCACAGGCACAGACGAGCAAGCUCUCGAUCUACUCGCCAAUCAUCAAGCCAUCCAUAUCUUCCUGAAGCGAUCGUUGGCUACAGGCUCGGACGCAACAAGUGAUCAUGCUGGGAAGCACACAGAUAACUUCUUCGUUAGCGCAAUGGCACGUGCUAUUUUCUGGCCAGCAACAGACGCUAGUACCCCGGGCAAGCGGGUUCUCCGAGGUGAAGUGAACUUAAAAAAGACAUUCAAACAGAGUGUCAUAUUUCCCCGAUUUUCUGUGAGGUACCAUCUAGAAGUCCAGCCUUUCGAAGCAGUUGGCUUCGUACAUGCACCGCAUGUCUCUGGCCCACUGCUGACGCAACCAGUUAAUGUGACAUCUUUUCACGCAACUGGCAUUGUAAUGCGCUCUUUUGCACCGCCCGAGUAUGCAGAGGAACUUAAGAAUUUCGACAACUCCGUAGGUUUACUAGAGAAUGGAAAUCAGCGCUUCUACCAUCACGGAGGACUCGGAGUGUCCUGAGACGUCAUGGGGAAGUGGAAGUUGUUUUUGAAUCCUGUGUUGGGUAUGUAUGUACUAU